AUGCGCCGUAACGUUGCCUUGGACGAGAUUGCAAACAACUUUGGAGACUGCAGAUCACUAUUACUCAACACACUAAUGGAAGCUGUGCGGCCCAAACCAGUAGUAAAGCCAGUGCCAUCCCCUCAGUUUGUCAAGGAAGAGAGCAUGGACAUUGACUAUGACAGUCCUCAACAAAAGCGGCGGCGGACAUCCACCCGGAUCACCAAUAGGAAUGUGUCGAGUAGCCAGGAUCACGCCGACAUUGCCAUGGGUCAGGUCUCACUGGAUGAUGACAAGGAUGACGACUUUGUCUUGAACCAUCGCGAUUCGUCUCCAUUGAGGCACAAGGGAAAGAAUAUCCAUCGCUCUACGGGCCCGGUUCUUCGGGCAAGAGGUGGACGUGCGGAACAAACACUAUCACAGUCGUCGCAGUCGUCGCAGGCAGACGAGCGCCACGAGCCAAGCAACUUAACAAAGCAGGAACCAUCAUUAGCCACUGUCUCUGACCAUUUUCACAACUCAGCACCAGCAGCAGCAGAAGUACAAGCAUCACUCAACUCCAGCACAAACAUCACCUCCUCAACAAUAACAACCUCGGUCGCAUCAAUUGCUUCAUCACCUGUCAUUGGUCCAGACCUUGUUGCAUGCCCCAUCUGCGAGAAGGGUAUCCCGGAACCAUACACCAACACACACCUGGACAAGUUUUGUCUGGCAGGCCGAACAGACCCAGACUACACGGUUCCCUAUAGCUUGAUCUCAAAGCAGCCAGCCUCGGUCAUUGCCUUGUACACGAAACAAGGAACAUCAACCCGAGAUGUUGUUCCGGAAACCAACAGCUCAUUGACAAAACCAGGAACACCAGGACGGUCAGUCGGUUCUAAUUCAAGCACACCAAACUCUCCAGCGCGACAGUCGACUAUGCAGUGGCAACCGCAAAUGUCAUCGAACGGAACGGCGCCCAGGCAACCUAUGUUUACACCGAAACCAGCGGCGCCUGAGCCAAAAAGGAUACCAAAGCUCACAUACAGUCUUCUCAACGACAAGCAGCUCAGGAAAAAGUUGCAGGAAUUGGGAUUACAAACGAAUGGAGACAAGACAAUGAUGGCAAAGAGACACGCCGAGUUCGCGACUAUCUUCAACGCCAACUGCGAUUCCACACGACCCAAGCCAUUGUCCGAGUUGAUGAAGGCGAUGCAGGUGUGGGAGCGAGCCUAUGAAAAGGAUCUGGAGGUCAGGGAGACACAACGCAGGAUCCUCGACCAACAGCAACAAGCCCAGCGACAGAUCCAUGCUGCCAAAGAGGCAAAACGACAGGCCAAGGAGGAUGCUGCUACUGCUGCUGCCAGAGAAGCGGCAAUGGACUCUCCAGGAGCGACCCCGCCUUCGUCUCAAUCAAGUAAUGGGCGUUCGAGUUCUACGGCCUUUGUCCCGAACCAGGCCAACAGCAAUGCGGUCAAUGUGGCUGUUGCGUCAGCGUCAGCGUUCGCGCACGCUGCCAAGUAUGCGGACGAGUAUGCUGAACUCAUUGCGGAGGUUCGGAGUCGACUCCAGGCCGAUAAAGAGAAAGCACUUGCUCAGAACACCACAACGACGAUAGCAGCAGAGGCAACACCACCAAGGUCAACGUCGAGUCAAUAA